CCUGUGUCUCACAUCCGGGUUCUGUUAGAGGCCAAGGUCUGACAGCUUCACCUGUUUGCUGCAGAGGAACAGCUGUAACCACGCUCUUAAUCCUGCAUAACUUGAAGCCUUAAUAUAAUGUGAACAGAGGGGCAGAUAACAGUGAGGAGAAAUAAAGAGAGAAGCACAAAUCAGGCCUGGCAGCUCCCAACCUGUGAUCAGACCAGGAUCAGACACAAGGAGCCAGUCCAGCACCACCAGGUCAGAGCAUGCACAGGCAGUGAACUGCACGCCCAGCUGCCGGCUGACGUGACGGCUCUGAGGCUGAACUGAGACACUUUGCGGCGAUUAUUUCUGCUGAACAAAACCUCAUGCUAUUGUCAGAUUGAGGAAGAUGGACCAUUAUAACCUUUAAACACAUACAUUUUUUUGGUGGAUGAAGACUCGUCAGUCUCCUCGGCCUCUGACAGGUUUCCUCGCUGCCUCAGGUUUAGGACUUUGUAAAAUGAUGGGAAGCUGUGGGGGCGUGUCCUCGUCUCUGCAGAGAUCCAGAUAUAUCAGCUGGUGUGAGGACCCUGCAGAGUCACUGACACCUGUAACUACAGCUCUGACAGCAACAGCAUUAAAUAUGUUUCUCCAUGCAGAGGAAUUCUCCCACCAAGACAAUCAGUCGGCUGGUUUCGGAUCAGUCCCCCAUCUCCUUCUGUCACCAGCAGAAACUGCUGGAGGAGAAACAAAUGCAACAUUUUCCCAUCAACGCACAAAGCCAACUUUAACAAGGAGGACAGCUAUCACACAGUCCCAUCACUUCCAGCUGAAGUCACAGUCCAGCUCGGCUUUGCACAACGCUGACAGAACCCCUGACGGUCAUGCUGAUGAGGGGGGAGGUGGAACAAAGGGGAUCUUAAGUGGUCCAGAAGCUGACAACUGGAACACGAAGGACUCGUCUCUUCUGCAUCCAGAGGGUGAAAGCUUCCUUCUUCCCAGGAGCAGUCCAGUCAUCUCCAGACGUCACCGGCCUGUCUCCUGGCACGGAGAUGGCACGGACACAUCUGCUCCAUCAAGCUUGGACUCCUCUGGAUCUCCGCUGGAUCAAUGUUGGCACCCAUCAGUCACCAGUGUGGAGGAUCUGGGAUCCGAACCGAGCUCCUGUCACCACUCGUCCCAGCUCCAGGAAGACAAGAAGCCUCGCUCCAUCUCUGUCUUAUCAAAUCUGUUCUCCCUCCUGAGUGCUGGGCUCCACCACCCCAUCGGUGGAUCAGCUGAGGAGCACAGAGGGAAGGGCCUAACUAGCUGUAAUGCUCCUUACACAUCAGAGAGGACGUCCAGUGGUAUCCCAGAAUUCACAGCAGACACCUUCAAGACCAGUUGUGAGCUGGAAAAGGAAAAUGCUCAUUUCAUCGUGGUGGACAUGGUGCUGGAGGUGCUGGAAGGUGUGAAGUGGACUCUGAGCUUUACACACCAACACACACACUGCGAGAUGUGUGUAAAGACACAUGAAAGCUGCCACGGUGUCGGUGAGCCAAGACACGAGAAAAACACGACCGGACGUUCAGAUGAAAACACACACUCCUCUUACGUACACACACACCAACACACACAGGAUGAGGAAGAGGAGGAAGCAGGACACGAUGAAGCUGAACAACAACCAAAGACUUUCUCCGUCCUCUCCACUGACAGUGGAUUUGAAGACUGUGGGCUUGAUCCUGCACUGACGCAGAGAGACACUCUCAAAACUGCAGAGUGGCUGGCAAAGCAGCUGGUGCUGGAGUUCAGGACGAGCUGGCUUCCUUCCCGCGAGCCUCGACGUGGACGGCUGAGCCUCCGGAGCUCACUACAGGAACUGCCAGGUACCGGACACGUGACGGCGAGCGGCGGCAGCCUGACGGAGGAGAUCAGACUGAGAACCAAUAUGAGAGGAUCCCUGAACUGGGCACCACCACGCUUCCAGAUCAUCUUCACCGUUCAGCCAACCCACAGACGCAGUGACGUCGUGUCUUUGCAACACUUCCUCUGUGCAGGCUGUGGGACAGAGGUGGAGCCCAAGUACAUCAAGAAACUGCGAUAUUGUGAAUACCUCGGCAGGUAUUUCUGCGACUGCUGCCACAGUGGCUCUGAGGCUGUGAUCCCCGGCCGGGUUCUGUCCUGCUGGGACUUUGGCAGGUAUCCGGUGAGCGACUUUUCCAAACAGCUGCUGGAUUCAGUUUGGCAUCAGCCGCUGUUCGACCUGACCUGUGUCGGCAAGACACUCUACAGCAGAGUGAAAGAGCUGGACAAGUUCAGGUCCAGAUAUAUCCACAGAGGUGACAGAGCGUUUGUGGUUAGAGCUCCUAAACUGCUGCCUGAGGAGAUCAGGGCUGCAGACUCUGUGUCAACUUUUAAAGAAAAGCUUCAGGAUCAGCUGCUGUACAUCAAGAAGCUGCUGAAGGCCUGCAGAUUAUCAGGAAGCGUGAUGGCUGAGUUUGAUCAGCUUCCCGCUCACCUGACGGAGCAGCUUCACCUCUUCUCCAUGGAUGACCUCUCGAGGGUAAAGAAGGGUCAGCUCACGGUGCAGGUCAAAGCAGUGCUGAACUCUGCCAUCCAUCACGUUGAAAACUGUGAGUUGUGUCUGGCCAGAGGUUUCAUCUGUGAAUUCUGCAGGAAGAGAGACGUCAUCUUUCCUUUUCAGAGUGGCAUCUGUAAGCGCUGUCCAGUGUGCAAGGCCUGCUUCCACAAACACUGCUUUGUGGAAAAGAAGUGUCCGAAAUGUGCACGGAUCCAGUCCCGGAAAAAACGUCCAGAUGAACCUUCGAAGAGUGACUAAAUGUGAACAGCAGCUCACCCUUUAUGAUUCAGCUUUACCACAGUUUCACAUAAAACAGUGUUGUAUAUGGAAAUACAAUUAAUUUCUAUAUUAAUCUACAAAUAAUCCUCUUACAAACACACUGUGAAACAUUCGAAUCCCUCUCAAAUGUUUCCUGUGGAACAUUUCUGUGAGUGUGAUUCUUUACCUCGUUACCACAAGCUACAAGCUACAAGCUAUAGAAAUGAAACCACUGAGUGAGCUUUGUCAGAAGUGACUGAUGUCUCAGCUUUUAGCUCUCCUCCUCAGUGUGUAGUCCUGGUCCACCUUUCUUGGUGUGUCCAAGUGUUGAGCAUCUUUGGUCCUGGUGUUUGUUUCUGGCCUUUCUUUGUUGUUGCUGUCUCUCUGUCCACAUCACAGUUAUGGUCCAGUGUAGCUCUACCUCGGGAGCGUCUUCCUUUUUGUAGCAUAUUGUCUUGUCUAGUUUUUCUAGGAGCACCUUGUCAAGGUCUUUUGCAGGUGUUUGGCUGUAUGCAGGGUCGCGUGCUGUUUUCUUUCAGGGCUGUCAUUGUCUCACCACAUGUCACAGUGGUGCACAUUGGUGAUGUGGUGAAGGAUUGGAGUCUGGGCGGUGCUUCCUUCACAUGUGCUAGAGGUACUGUACCAGAGAUGGUUUGUUAUCAUCUUCAUGGCUCUUCAGUCACCUAACAAUGCCACAGGUCAUAUUCCUGCUGUAUGUAUCUGCAGGAUCUUUUGCACAGGCACAGGGGGAGGUGGAGCUUCAACCUCCAGCUUCCACAAACCCUGAUUUGGUGGAAGCAGCCAGCACUGCUUCAUUGUGUGUUAUCCGAAACUUGUUUACCUCAGGGAUGAUGUAAGCCUUCUGAAUGUUAAAGCAUUUUCUGUUCGACAGAGUUUUCACACUAAUGGUGUCACAGAUCUCCAGCACUGGACAGAACUCAGCUGCAGAGAUUGGAACAUCGCACUUCAUCAUUCCUCUGACUAAAGGCUGUGAGAUUUAGGUGUAAUCAAGGCCAUUAAUGCGUCUGUAUCAGUAGUCCAAAUCCACUUUUCCCUAUGGUUGGUGGCUGGACUAAACCCUCCCAGUGGCGCACAUCGAAGAGCUUUAACAGUUCUUUGAUGGCAUGAUUCUCUAAAUUUGGUCUGACCUGAAAGCUGAGAUCCUUUUGGAUUAUUGAGCACAGUUGUAUUCAUGUGUGAUGUUUGUAGCCAUUGUAGCCAUUUCAUUGUAGUAAAAUCAUUUUAUUAAAACUGAACACGCACAAAGAGACAUCAGGCAUUCAGAGGAUUUAUGAUUUAUGGCUUUUUUCGGUACAUGAACCAUUUUUCCUGCUUCUGGUAUCAACUUUGAGGACUGAAUGUUCACUCACUGCCUAUAUUUUUUCACUUUGUUUUGUUUUUUUGUAUUUUAUAUAUAUUAUUUUAUAGUUUUGAUGUCUUCAGUGUAAUCUACAGUGUAAAUAAUAAAAGAAUUGUGCACUUUUUAAUCCUGCAGAGCAUGCAGCCUGUGUUUUUGGUAUAUUUUAAUAUUUUGGAUUUUUGCAUUCUUUGUGAUCAUUUGAUCUUUUAUUUAUUUUAUUAUUGUCUAGCUGACUGUCUUCAUAGUUCUCUGACUCAACAUUUAAGUUUUCAGUUCUGUCGGACAUGCGUCUCACAGCUGUGUGUUGCAACAGUUUAAAUGUUUUCUAAUUUCCUUGCAGAUAACAUUGUGUUUACUGAUGCACUGCAGUUGAUUUUUGGCACCUGUCACCACAAAACAGUCUGUAUGCUGCAUCAUAAAUAAAAAACAAAACAACACUGGG